CCCUCUUUUGUGACAGAAACUACUUGAAGGUUUAUAGAUCGCUAGAAGACAGUAGUUAGCAGAGCACAGGAGCGCAACAAGGCUGGUAACAUCACUGGAUGAUAAACACUAAAAUAAGAACCUGCCAGACCGGACACAGACAAGAUGUCUUGUAAUGUUGCUAAUGACUACAUAUUCUUGUGCAGCGCAGAGGAUGCGUGGGGCAUUGUACUGGAAACACUGGCUGCAGCUGGAGUUGUAUUUACUAUCGCCCUUAUGCUCGCACUUCUUAUUAUAGUACCACGUAUUUGUGACAAUGCCAAACGGGCUUUGGUUCCUAUUCAAUUCAUCUUCCUCAUUGGCACACUUGGAAUCUUUGGUCUUACAUUUGCCUUUAUCAUUAGACUUAAUAGACAGACCUGUCCAACGCGUUUCUUUCUAUUUGGAGUCCUAUUUGCCAUCUGUUUUUCUUGUCUUUUAGUUCAUGCUAGUAAAUUAGUGAGACUGGUCCGAGGUGGACUGGGUAUGUCAUGGUGGGUAAUGCUAAUCACAGUCAUUGCCCUAUCAUUUGUGCAAAUUAUUAUAGCUAUUCUCUAUGUAGCAAUCUAUCUAGGAAGAAAUAUGGACCAAUGUGAUCAGCCAGAUCCUAGAGCCCGUAACAUUGACUUUGUGCUUAUACUUAUAUAUGUUUUGGCAUUGAUGGCUAUCACAUUUCUAGUAUCAAUGAUUAGUAUGUGUGGGCCUUGUAGAUACUGGAUACGACAUAGUGCCCAUAUUUAUGUAACAAUGUUUUUCUCAAUUGCCAUUUGGGUAGUUUGGAUUACCAUGUUGCUAAGAGGAAAUAUAUCUCUAGGCCGUGCCCCUCAGUGGGAUGACCCUGUGAGAGCCAUAGCCUUAGUAGCCAAUGGUUGGGUUUUCCUAAUUUUGUACAUGGUUCCAGAGCUUUGCUUGAUGACAAGACACCAACCAGAUUGUGCCAAACAGAUCAACCAAUCACAACCACAUCUUCUUCGGCAAACUGUUGGAGUAGACAAUCGAGUCUUUUCUCAGGAAGAUUUAUCCCAAGUCCAAAAUUCUGGAAGGAGCUCUCCAUCUUCUAUUCCACGGUUUGAUGCAACUCUAGCAAUGAGGGAUAUCGAACCUGCAAAGGAGUUCUCUAUACCUCGCCCUCAACAACGUCCGAACUCAUAUCUACAUUAUCGAACCCAUGACUUGACCCAAAUGUAAAUCUAUAUUGCACUGGACUUGCCCCCCGUCUUACUGUCUGCACUCCUGAGGUUGUCAUUGUCCUCCAGGAUAUGAAGCCAACACCAUAAAACUAAGUACCAGGAGAAUAUGGAAACGGACAGUACCAUGUCCCUGAGAGAGUUGUUUCAGUAAUCUAACCUUGUUUUAGAUGCGUAAUAAAGGCAGCAAGCAAAAAAAAAAAAGUUAAAUCUGUAAAUUGCCAUUAUUCUACAAACAGAAAAUAAUGUAGGGCAUAUUUAUUAAUAUGAUGACCUGGCACCAUGUAAACUAUUUUGUAUGAUGUCUGUAGCACAUUUUUAAAAAUGGCCUGCAGCUCAUCUCUAGAACCUGGGCUAAAAAAACCUCUACAAAAUACAAAUUCUGCAAACUUGUAGAGCAACUUUUAUCGGCAGAUAUUGAUACAUACACCACAUACAUUAAUACCACACCACACACCAUCCUUUCUAAAAAAAAAACACACUGCAACUAGAGACAUUUUUCUAGUUUUCUGAACACUGUUACUCCAGAUGCAUUGAUGCAACACCUCAAUUAAAAUCUGCCCGUUAACUCUUUACAGAUUGUGUUGAGCAGAUUAAAGCACAUACUGUUCUAUGAGUAAGUAGAAGUGUUCGGGUCCAACACCAGAUCUGAUAUCUUGUCAGUAGGUGGCCUUUUUUAAAGAAGUUGUCCCAUUUCAAAAUGUAUGGCAUAUUGCUUGGAUGUGCCAUACAUUUUAGAUAGAUGUGGGCCCCAUCUCUGGAACCUGCUCUGAUCUCCAGAAUGGGGCACCUGAAGUGCAGGAGAGCACACCACGCGUGUGGGGCAUUCUCUCCAUUCACUGCCAUGGGACUGCCGGAAAUAGCCAAGCCAGCGCUCCGCUAUAUUCAGAACUCCCAUAGUGACGAAUACAGAAUGGCUGCAUGUGUAACUGCACUUCAAGGGAUAAUGGAGGGUCCUGUCCAUCAGUGGCCUCCUUUCACUGGGCUAGACUGUGCAUGCGCUAGUUGUCUUGUUCAUUGACAGUGUACGCACAGUAAGUAGUCAGUGGUAGGAAGCAGGUGAACAGACCUGCAAGAAAACACAAUUAUUAUACCAUAGGGCAUUGGUGCUGAUGGUUUAAUACCUAUUACUAGCUGGAUGUGAAAGGGCUUUAUCCAGUUAGCAAAGUAAGAGAUGCACUUAAAGAGGACCUUUCAUGGGUCUAGACAUUAUAAAAUAGGUAGCACGUUAUGUAAGGCAUAAAGCAGGGCUCUAAUAGCGCUUACUAUUUUUCCUGGGCGCCGCUCCAUUCGCCCGCUGUGCCCUUGUUAAAUUCUCCCGCCUAUAAUUAAUAGCAUUAGAACAGGUAGGAGGCGAUGCCAGGGUUUCUCAAUGGGCGUCUCCUUCUCCCUGGCUGUAGCACGGUCCAAUCACAAAGAAAAGCAUCACAGCCAGGGAGAAGGUGAUUUUUUUUUCUUUCCCUGGCUGUGAUGCUCUCCUUUGUGAUUAGACCGCACCACAUUAAGAAACCCUGGCGACUGCUCCUCCCGGUUCUGAUGCUAUUAAUUAGCAAACCAGGCGGGAUAAUUUAACUGGGGCACAGCGGGUGAACAGAGCGGCACCUAGAAAAAAUAGUAAGUGCUAUUAGAUCCCUGCUGUAUGCCCUACAUAACCUGCUACUUAUUUUAUAAUGUCUGGACCCAUGAAAGGGUCUGAGCAGCGACACUAGACACAGUCGACAGACAAGAGAGGCAUUUUAUCUCUUUCUCAGUCUCCAUUAAAUGACAGCUAAAUUCUUUGUCAAUGUCACAGUGCCAUCUAGUGUUCAUUACCCAAAAAUGUACAAAUUCAAAUUAAAUAGCAGUUGACAGAGCAAUCAUUUACAUGAUCAUAGCAAUAAAAUGCAAUCCAGUGCUCACAUAUACACUAUAAAGUCACCAUAGCCCACCGACACAAAAAAAUAAAGAAAAACACUAAUACACUUUGUCACAAACAGCUCCAUGCCAAUGAAUCCCCAUAUUCAUGAGCUCACGGCUCUCCCCGCUCACCUGCCUCUGAUUGACAGUUGUUUUUCAAUUUGAAUCACCAGCAGAUGGGCGGGAAGAGUCAUGCGCUUAAGAAUAUUCGGUUCAGUACAAGAUUUUGAAAUGCUCCAAUGCUCAUCUUGGAGGGGCUGCCUGGGAGAAGAAGGGGAUAUGUCCGGGUUCUGCUCUGAACCCAGACAAUCCCUUUAAUGACUGAAAUUGCUCAAGUUACAAGUGAGAGUAGUUUUUCAUGACACUACCUGAGAAAUGUGAUGACAGGGUGAUCUUGUGAUAGGACCUCCGAAUGACUUCCACUACUUUAAGUAUCACAGUAGUAAUGUAGGGUACUCACAAAGGCCCUGAUUGCCAGUUCUCUCCUGAACUCCUUUUAGAGUCGGGCAAAUGGCCGAAUAGAGGAAAGUUAGACUUUGCACGCGACCGUAUGCCCUCCGAGACAUACUGUCUGUGAGCAGGCCAUAUGUCCUGGAGCAGCAUUGAUCGUGUGCACGGGAGAACACAGCAUCAUAGAUUACAAUGAUGCUGUGGACGUCGGGCCGCCCGCGGGACUAUUGUCCUGCACUAUUGAUCUUGUACGUGUGCAAGAGGCCUUAGAGACUUGCUUUCUUCAUCAGACAUGAAGGUUAUAUUUGUCUAAAUGGCACUUUUCAUUUAAAAAAAUUGAUAAAUCUUUAUUUUAUUGUUGUGUGCCUAGUUUUAGAUAAGUUUUUCUCAUAUAAUUUGUACUCAUUUUCAUGUAAGACAAUCCUCCUCCCAUUAUUUAACAUGUAUAAAGUGGAGGUUCUGCGUUUGAAUAACAUUAGUUAUAUAGUUUGUAACUGUGAUAUUGCUGUUGCCAGUCCAUUCUUAAUAAUACAUCUUUAGGCACUUUUACAGCUUUUACAUGCUGGGGAUUCUCAGUACUACAGUGCGGUUUUCCAUUAGAAUGGUUUUCUAGAGUCUUUUUACAAAAGCGACUAUGUAAACUGUGGGCAAUGAAACAGUUUUCCUGUACCAUACAAGUACAAAUAGGAAUAAUACAGCACCAACCUAGGUUGCAGAAAUAUAUAUAUAUGGUACAGAUUAAAAACUAAAAAAUAAAGGGAACAUCAAAAAGGCUAAUGAAGAUCUAAUACAGAACUCCACUUUAAACAACUGUAUUCUCUGUUUUCAUAAGUAUUAAUUGUCUUUUAUGUGUCUGUAAAUAGAUAUGUCACAGAUAUGUAAUAAAUAUAUGUUAAAUUAUUUAUCCUACAACUGUAAUAAAAGCAUAUAUAACAGAAUAUAAUACAAAGAUAUGUUCUGUAGUUUACCAUUCCAAAACUAGCAACUUCUCAAAAGACAAAUUAAACAAAGUGAUGUCACUGAA